UUGUUCGCUUGUUGGUAUAGCUUUACUACCACCGGUUUAUCAGACCCAUGGGGAACUGUUUCCGAAAGCCAAAUGAUGGUAAUAAGAUUCAGCAUAGAACUACCAACGCCUAUAAACCCCACACUUCUCCAACAGAGAGAAGCAAUGGCGUGAAAUUCGUGGGAGUGGAGAAGGAAACGGUGGAAGUAACAGAGGAUCGUGCAGAUAGCAGUGUCAAUCGAGCACAGCCACCACCCAGUAGAGGGGUCGUGACGACAAAUCUUAAAUCGUUCACAUUGGAUGAGUUGAAAAGUGCCACAAGAAACUUCAGACCUGACACGGUACUAGGCGAAGGUGGUUUUGGACGUGUUUUCAAAGGUUGGAUUGACAAAAACACCUUCAAACCUUCUAGAGUUGGCGUUGGAAUCCCCGUCGCCGUCAAGAAAUCUAACCCCGAUAGCCUCCAAGGUCUACAAGAAUGGCAGAGUGAAGUGAAAUUUUUGGGGAAGUUCUCUCAUCCAAACCUGGUUAAACUAAUUGGCUACUGCUUGGAGGAAAAUCAAUUCCUGCUCGUGUACGAAUACAUGCAAAAGGGUAGCUUGGAAAGCCACCUCUUCAGAAGAAGCCCCGAACCACUUUCGUGGGAUUUAAGGCUUAACAUAGCCAUAGGAGCUGCUAGAGGUUUGGAUUUCUUGCAUACAUCAGAGAAGUCUGUGAUCUACAGAGACUUUAAGUCCUCCAACAUUUUACUUGAUGGGGAUUUUAAUGCGAAACUCUCGGACUUUGGAUUGGCAAAAUUUGGCCCCAUCAAUGGUAGAUCCCACGUAACCACGCGAGUCAUGGGCACCUAUGGUUACGCAGCCCCCGAAUACAUGGCCACGGGGCAUCUCUACGUGAAAAGCGAUGUAUAUGGUUUUGGUGUUGUUCUGCUAGAAAUGUUAACAGGCUUAAUUGCACUGGACACAAAUAGGCCCACGGGGGAGCAGAAUUUGGUGGACUACGCAAGGCCAUGUCUAAGUGAUAAAAAGAAACUGAAAAAGAUAAUGGAUCCAAGUAUGGACGAACAGUUUUCAUCAACGGCUGCAUUUCAAAUAGCCCAACUUAUAUUGAAAUGUUUAGAAUCUGACCCAAAAAAGCGACCAGAUAUGAAGGAGGUUUUGGUAACCUUAGAAAAAGCCCAAACAAUAAAAUAUAAACCCAAAGGGAAGAAAGUUAGCGCAGUGCAUCAAACAAGUAAGCGAUCAGAGGAGCAUCCCUCAUAUAACCAACGACAUUACAACAAUGGUUACCCCAAAUCCCGAAAUCGUUCUCCUCGACGUUAGUAUACUAUCCACCAUGUCCUUUUUAUUUGCAGUUAUAUUGUUAAUAAUUUGGUAAAUAUCCUUUCAGCUACACUAUGCGUACGUGCACAGAUACAUUUUUUGAAAAAAACUGUGUCAAGUUCCUCAGAAUGAAUGUUCAAAUUAGUGGCGUAGUUGUU